AUGCCUACCCACUAUCAGCAACAUGGCUUUAUUCUAAAGACUAGACAGAGCCAACAAAUGCUCAACCGAAAGAGACAAGAUGCCAGCAAGAUUAUAGUCAUACUCAAAAGGAGGUUACAAGAUCAACAGCAGCAUCAUAUGGAGCCUUCAGCAAGAAAGAAACGAAGAGGCAAUCCUUCCAAUCACCUCACAUGCAAAUCACUACCAAAAAAGCACACAUUAGCCGCUGAUAAUACAGCCAAAUCAAAGUUUGAUGGCCUGAUCACCGAGCUCGAGUCCUCAUACGACUGGCUAGCCACCAUCAAUGUUGUUUACACAAGUCUACGCCAGACGUACAACAAGAGCAAGUGGAGCAUUGAGCAGCAAGGAAAUGUCACUCGACUUUGUGACAUGGAAAAGGAGCUUCUGAUUGCUUAUGAUGAUCUCAAUCUCCAGAUCAAUCAACUUGAAAAAAAGCGUCAUCAAUAUGGAGCAAAAACUGAUACGACUGAAAGCAAUGUAGAGCGAGAAAGAGAGCGUUGGGAUCAUUGCCUUCAUGCUUGCUGUGCUGAACUGACGCCCCUUUUGUGA